CCAUUUCCAUCCACUUGGAUUACUAUAUCCGGGAGGUGACACCUUAAACCUGUACUCACCUAGCAUCCAUAGUGUCUCCUUUUGCAGGUUGCUGUCCGUCACCACUUGCCCACAUCAUUACAAGUGUCCUUGUAAAUAACAUCAGCUUCACUUGCUUAAAAUCCGUUGUUUUGUUUUUUUAUUUAUAUCAACCACAUAGUCUGGACAUUUUGUUGAAAAAUGCUUGAAAAUUACAUUCUUUUUGCUAUUUCAACCUUUCUCUGUUUCUCCUAUCUGGUCUUGCUCCAUGUAUGGUAAUCUAUGGAUUUCUGUUACUGGUGUUUCCUAUACCACUUCAUGUUCUUUCCACUUCCUGUUCUGUCCACUCCCUUUACUCUGUCUCCUGGCCUUUCUCUUUUGCCUUUUCCUUCAUGCUUUUUCUCUUACUCCCCUGUCAUCUCCCUCACUCCCAUCACUAACCCUUUCACCCUCCCUUGUUCCCUGUUAAUCUUUCUGUUCCUUCUCAUCUUCAUUUGCUUGUUCAUUUCUUCCUCUUCCACCUGCUUGGCUGCUUCUUAUAUCUCCCCAGUGAAGGCCAUGGUCCCACAGAUGCCCAAGUUGCUCAAGUCUCUCUUCCCUGUUCGGGAUGACAAGAAAGACCUGCGCCCAUCUCCCCUCACUCAGCAGGUCACACCACGUAUUAUGGUACAGUCCCCAAGCGUUGACGAAGGCCCACUUAAACCAAAGCUGGUGGCUGCAGAGGGAGGGACUCCUGCUAUGGAGGAGCAGAGCCAUGGUGCAGAGAGACAACCUGAGUAUCCCGAAGCUCCGUUUUCUUUUGCUCAAGAGACGCAAGAUAUGCCCCUCAGCCCUGUAAGCGAAGUAUCAAGUGGAUACUUUUCCACCAGCGUUUCCACAGCAACGCUGUCUGACGCUUUGGUACCAAGCAGGGACCAAACUCCCUCUACCAGUCCGGGUCCAGCAAUGGUCACUGUGGCAAGCAGCCAAGGUGACUGUGAGAGCAAGGACAUGAUGGGUAACUCCAGUGAUUUUAUAGUGACAUCAGAGAAGAACAGGUCAUCAGAGCUGCCUGACAUAGAGCAACAGCCUAAGAGGAUAAUGGCCCAGCAGGCAGCAGAUGGCAACGUCCUUCCGUCUGCCUCUCCCCAUGAAAUAUGUCAACCCCCCCCCCCUCCCUGUCCCCCUGAAAUCCACCACAACCCUCCAAAAACACAUCAAAUCUGCUCAUCUCUCUGUGAAUCACAGCAUGACAGCCCCACUCCAACGUUACCCCCCCAGGAACAACCAUCAAAAUCCACAGGAACGAACCCCUUCAAAAUACAGAAGGUGAAGACCUCUGACCUGAAAUCCUUUACACGCAUCCUGGUCGAGGAUGUGGAGGAGGAAGGGGUGAUGGCAGGACAGGGGGAGGUCCUGGAGAAGCUACAGAUCACCUUAGAUUCAGAGGAGGGGCAGGAUGAAGCCCUUGCAGACUGGCUGAGAGAAGGCGAGCAUGUGACAGUUGGUACCAACAAGAGUGGGAUGGUUCGCUACAUUGGACCCACAGACUUUGCCGACGGCAUCUGGGUUGGUGUAGAGCUGGAUGCCCCUACUGGCAAGAACGACGGCUCUGUUGGCGGUCGGCAGUACUUUCGCUGUAACCCUGGUUACGGUGUGCUGGUCCGGCCAGACAGAGUCAGUCGUGGGGGUGGAGCCAAGCGACGUGGGGAGAACCGCCCUAGUGGCAAUUUCUUUGGGUCCAGCCCCAAUCUGGCAGCCCUAACCGUACUGGCCAAAGGUGAGCGGGGCGGAAUCACUCGACGGGGGGAGAACCGCAAGUCCUGGAACACCUGAGAGUGGGGGAGAGCCUAGCACGAAGGCCACUGCCCUUGAUGGGCUGCUGCUUCAUUACAAAGGAGGCGGGGUCUGACUGACAGUUCGAUGGGCCCUGCAGUCUGCACACGUGGUACAGGUCAGGGCGACUGUGGCACCAUCUUCUCCCCCUCAUGAACACUGACAGAAAUGCACUAUGUUACAGGAUGCACCUGUUCUGAAACCCCUUCCUUACCUCCUACCAUUUGUUUUUCUACAGCCAUUUUCCCUGUAUCUUCCUUGUCUUUAUAUAGAAUAUUUAAAAAUUAUAUUCCACAAUGUGCCUUUAUGAAUGAAAAUUUCAUGUCCCUCCUUGGAGAGAAAAUGCCUUGUUUUAGAUUUUAAGUGAUCUCAGGGACUGUUCAGAGCAUGAAUGUGCUUUUGGGAGAUGGCAGUUACUGCCAGGGUUGAAAAUCUGAGAAUCCUUUAUUUUUUCCGUCUUUGGGCUGUAUUUGCAGACCCUUCCUUUUAAUACUAGUCCAUAGUGUGAAAUUUUAAACAAAUGUCAGAAUAAUUGGGAACAAAUUGCACAAUGUAUAAUUCUCCUGUUAGACUUGGGUCCAGGGUAUUGUUCCAAAUACAGUAUAAAUUGGUAAUUUUCAUUUCAGCGGUUGUGAGAUGAAUAAAGUUUAUAUUCUGGAGACAGAAUAUCAGAGCUUUUGUGUUGCAUGUAUAAAAUGUAUUGGGAUGUAAUUGUCCUGAAGUGUGUAUUGGGUCUAUAAUACUGUAUGAAUGCUAUGUGAACUGAACUUUUUAUGUGUUGGAGAAGAUGCCUCUGUCUACUGCUUUCUUCAGGCUCGAUUCCUUGUCAACAUUUUAUAAACAGUAGCUUUUUAAUGUUUUGUGUAAUCGUUUCUUAUGCUGAAUCACCGAGGACACACAAAGACUUGGCUUCUCCCCCCCCCCCUUUUUUUUUUUUUAAGCAUUCUUCAGAUCUAUUUAUAUGUCAUAACUACGGCCACAAGUUUGUCUCCUCUUUUGUUGUACUUAAGUCCUCCGUCAGCAAGCAGUCAUGAUAGCCUCUUUGUCAAGCCUUUCUAAAACCAUUGUCCCUUUUGCACCACUUCAAUAAUCUAACUUAAGGCUGCAUUCACACCAGAUCAAGCCGCUAAUUAAGCACAGAUGAUGAUUGAUGGCGAUGUUUACAAGCUCACAUGUUAGUAGUAUCAGGUAUUUUUCGGAUAAGCUUGGAGAUCCCACAGUCUGCUGGUUUUUUUUUAAGAUCGGCAACAAAUUCAGACCCAAGAAACCAGGUGACCUGAGUUAUUAGUGUAGUCAAAUGCUUUAACUUAUCAAUUGCUAUGCUGAAUAACAACAAAACCCAGCAGACCAGAAGCAAGGACCACUGACUCAAUGACAUGCUUUUCAUAGCAUUUAAACUUCCUUCCAUGUUCACUUUCCUUCCUGACUCGCUCCAUAUUAGAUCAACUAAUUGUUUAUGUCAAUGUCUCAAUUACAAACUUAACUGUACAAUUAGUCGCUUGUCUGUGCCAUUGCAGUGCCUGUGGGGACACCUGGAGGAUAACCACUGAAAUCCCUGAAGGAGACAAACUGGUGGCCGUUGCCAUAACCAGUAAAGGCAUCACUUUCAUAGUGCAAAUGAAAAACUAUUUUAACACUAUCAGACUAACUGUCAUAUUGUUCUAAGAAUCCUCCUAAUGUUCAAGGCCAUUUGUAAUGUGGUUAGAAUGGUGGCUUGGACAGAAAAAACAUAGGGUUUCUGAAAAGCUUUCAAAUCUGCCAUAUUGAUUUUCACUGCAUGGAAUCAUUUGAAGCUUGAUUCACGUGGAACUGCAUCUGUAUGUAUCUCAGUUUGUGCGAAAAGGAGGAUGUGCUGUUGAGACGUUGCUAUACCAAUAUUUUUUAAAAAAUCUUUUAAUAGAAUGCCUUGCUACAAUUAUUAUGAAAAGUAAUGCAUGCUACUCGAUUUUAACGCUUGUAUAUUUAUUUUGUAAAAUGGAAAUGAGACAUUUUAAUUGUACUAAGAUUUCUCACAUGAUUUUAUUACUAUGGGACUCUAAUAAACAUUAUAAAUGGAGAAAUAAGUGAAAA